UUAAGGUGAAAACAUUUACAGAAGACCUGGGGCCCGUUUCAGAAAGCAGGUUCAACAAACUCUGAGUUAAAACCUUAACUCUAUGUUGACCAACUCUGAGCUGUCAAACUCUAAGUUUUCGGUUUCAGAACAGGUGAUAACACUUAGUUCAAUCAACUCAGAGUCAAGGUAACCCUGAGUGAAGCUUGUGCAUGAGGAUAUAAAAAGCCCUCAUCAAUGGAGCACAGAUAACAUGAUUCACCAUGGCAACAAGUGGUAAACAGCCUCGAUCCUCCUACUUCUCCCCAGUGGAGUUGGAAAUAUUAAUGACUGCGUAUGCAGAAAGUGAGCAUAUAUUUUUUAAAAAGAAGCAAUACUGUGGCAGCAGCAAAAGAGCGGGAGCUUGCGUGGCAGAAAAUUGCUGACCGAGUCAAUGCGUGCAACCCAACAGGCACCAAACGGACUUGGCAGCAGCUAAAGAUGAAAUAUACAAAUGUGGUUCAAACAGCCAACAGAAAAAAGGCUGAGGCCCGCAAAACAGGUGGCGGUCCACCACCAUCACCUCUCACAGAGGCUGAAGAGAUGGCCCUCAGUCAGAACAGUGGGCGACCCAUUGCUGAGGGCAUCUCUGGGGGGAGCUCAUCGGACCCAGCCACGCCCCAGGACACAGGGGCCUACAUAAAAGUUACUGAUGGUGUAAUCUGUCUCGUGGAGCCUUCUGCCAUAACAGACCUCCAUGCUGAGGAUGGUGAAGACACCUUAUCAGCUGCCACAGAGAAGGAAGAUGCAGAGAGGCCUGUUGAAAGCCAUGCUGGAAAUUACAAUGAGGAAGAAGGUCCAUCAACCUCCACAGAACAGCUUACCUCACUCCCUGUGAAACAACUCUAUAAGGUAUAUUUGCAAGCACAAAUCAACAAAUUUCAUCUGGAAAUGGACCAUAUAAGGCUGCAGAUCACAAAGACAAAAAUGGAAAUACAAAUGCUGGACCAUCAGUUAAAGGUGGGUGACGUGCCCACAGAUGGAUGAUUUUUAAUUGUUUCAACAACAAAGGAUUAACAACUGUACAAAAUGUGUCCUUCUAGGAAAUAAAGAAGACCUCAUAAAAUGA